UUCCCGUCGAAAAUUUCAUCACCUCACCUUGAACCGUCUCCUUAUUUCGGCAAUUCGGUGACAAAGAUUGAUAUGUUUAGGGCUUUUUGUUUGCCAGAGUAGUUCUGUUUAAUAUUGGCCUUAUUUUAAGAGUGUACUUGUGCUUCAAGAGUGAGCAAGAUGAUAAGAGUUUUGUCGGGCAAGUUCGGCCAACAAUGUGGGCAGCAACUGAGACUGGCUGUUCACAAGAGGGCGCCAGAUCAUCAUGUUACCAAGGCAACCCUGUCGAGCAGUCCAACAACAGUAUCUCUCCGACUUCUACCGAGUUCAAGAAACCUCAUCAAUAUUCAAGCUGCAAAUUAUUCCGGGUUCUCCAAGAUGUAUCUCUGCGUUCGUCCACGAGUGAAUCUCAAUGACUCAAACAUGAGGGCGAUGUCAUCCAUGAUGCGUGUGCGAUCGCUGCUGAAGGUCUUUAAGAUUAGAUACUUGGUGAUAGGUGGCGCUGUUGCCGGAGGAGUCACCCUCAAGUCGACGUAUAACUCCUGGAUAGACAAGCUCCCUGAUCUCUCAUGGAUGGAGAAGUACACCCCAGACAACGCCACCUUCCGUCACGCUGUUGCAGAGAUGAAGAAACUCGCCGGUCACAUUCAUCUACCCGAUAAGGGUUGGCUGAAGGGCACCAUGCCCACCAAGGACACGGUCCGCUCAUGGAUGCCUGAAAUGCCUCAAGAUCCCAUGUUUGAGUUCAUGUACCAAGGGUUGCCAGAAGGCAGAGAAAAUAUCACAAGUUUUAAAGGAAAAAAGGGACAAGUAACGCUAUCCUCUUUACAAGCUGAUGUAGGGACUGAGGACAAGUCUACUGGAUUACCUAAAGUUCCACUAGGAGCGUCCGAUAAAGACAAGCUUGAAAAAGCAACAGAGGAGUUCCUAGAAACACAGCUGAGGUAUCAACGAGAGAUUGAGCGAUUGGAGAGGGACAACAGACGACUGAAGAAGUCUCUUCUACUUAGGGGAGACAAACAAUCCAGGGUUCGCAAAGAGAAGAUGUCGCUGAUUGACAUGUACUCUGAGGUUCUGGAUGAGCUAGUUGGCUUCGACGACUCAUACCAGAUGCAAGAUCAUCUUCCAAGAGUCGUUGUUGUCGGAGACCAGAGUGCUGGAAAGACGAGCGUGCUGGAGAUGAUCGCUCAAGCAAGGAUUUUCCCGAGGGGGUCAGGUGAGAUGAUGACGAGGUCACCAGUCAAGGUCACAUUGAGCGAGGGACCUCAACACGUCGCUCAGUUCAAAGACAGCAACAGGGAGUUUGACCUCUCCAAGGAGACCGAGCUUAAGGCGUUGAGGCAGGAGAUUGAAUUGAGGAUGAAGAACAGUGUACAACAAGGGCAGACCAUCAGCACAGAUGUGAUCUCUCUGAGUGUCCGCGGACCUGGUAUACAACGGAUGGUUCUAGUCGAUCUACCUGGCAUCAUCAGUACUGUUACUACAGGGAUGGCACCCGAUACUAAAGAUAGCAUCCAGAAACUGAGUAAAAUGUACAUGAACAACCCCAAUGCUAUCAUCUUGUGUAUACAAGACGGUGCGAUAGACGCAGAGAGGAGCAUAGUGACAGAUAUAGUGAGUGAGAUCGACCCCCUGGGUAAGAGGACCAUCUUCGUCCUGACUAAGGUGGAUCUUGCAGAGAGGAACUCAACCAAUCCAAGUAGGAUCCAGCAGAUUCUCGCAGGAAAGCUGUUUCCGAUGAAAGCCCUUGGGUACUUCGCUGUUGUGACUGGAAAAGGCAAUACAACCGACAGUAUAUCAACUAUAAAGCAAUAUGAGGAACAUUUCUUCAGGGGCUCUGCACUCUUCAAGUCUGGUACCUUGAAACCAAGCCAGAUGACAACACAGAAUCUAAGCUUUGCGGUCUCUGACUGUUUCUGGAAAAUGGUUCAAGAUUCCGUCACGCAGCAAGCUGAUAUUUACAAAGCUUCUAGGUUUAAUUUGGAAACGGAAUGGAAGAACAACUUCUCCAGGCUACGAGAAUUGGACCGGGAUGAGUUAUUUGAGAAAGCCAAAGGGGAAAUUCUUGACGAGGUUUUAUGUCUUAGUGAGAUUCCCCCCAAGAGAUGGGAAGAGGCUUUAUCCAGGGUGCUUUGGGAGCGGAUGUCUGGCUACGUCUUUGAAAAUAUAUUCCUUCCAGCAGCCCAGUCCCCGGAUGCUGGGACUUUCAACACAACAGUCGACAUCAAGCUGAGGCAUUGGGCCGACCAACAACUCCCAAAGAAAAGUGUUGAGGUUGCCCUGGAGACUCUCGUUGAUGAGUUUUCAAAGCUGGUGGACAAGGACAGGUCAAAGAGCAACCACGACACUCUCUUUGACGACGUCAAGUCGGCCGUCAAACAAGAAGGGAUCAACCGACACAAAUGGCAAGAGCAGGCUGCUGAUAGCUUGAGGGUGAUGCAAUUAAAUGCGUUAGAGGAUCGGUCUGUACAUGACAAGCAACAAUGGGACUCUGCCAUCCACUUCAUGGAAAGCGUCCUCAAGAACAGACUUCAAGAGACUGAGGGUCGUAUCCAAGAGUUGAUUGGCCCAGGAUCUGCCGAGCGUUGGGUAUAUUGGAAAUCUUUAACACCUGAACAGAACAAUAGGAGGCAUGCAAGAGAAGAACUUGAGAAACUGUUACAAGCCUCCGAUAAGCAUACGCCAGUCCUGUCCAGUGAUGAAGUAACGGCGGUCAAGAAGAACCUAGAAACUAGAACGGUCAACGUGGAUAGUGAAUUUAUCCGAGAAACAUGGCAUCCUUUGUACAGGAAGUAUUUUCUGCAGCGGGCCAUCGGCAAGGCACAGGAAUGCCGGAGGGGGUUUUUUCAUUACCAGAGAGGGUUCAGUGACUCCGGGCUUGAGUGCAAUGAUAUAGUGCUGUUUUGGAGGAUACAGAAAAUGCUCCAACUCACCAGCAAUGUCCUUAGACAACAAAUCAUGAACACAGAAGCGAGCCGACUGGAGAAGGAAGUGAAACAAGUCUUGGAAGAUUUCGGUGACGAUCACGAUCUUAAGACGAGACUACUGACGGGACGGAGAGUUGAUCUCGCCGAGGAAUUGAGUAAGUCACUUUCUUUUUUUUCCCCUCUGUGUAUUUUCUUUAAGUCGGAAGUCAAAUUGAGAUGCACAGUUGAAACCGCUACACUUCAAACAUUCAUCGAUAUCUAUCCAUUCACCAAAACCAAAGCUCCUAAGUCUCUCUCAUAA